AUGGUAGCGGAAUUAGACAAUAGACUACCCCAGGAGGGUACCAGUACCCCUGGAGAAUCCCUCGCUGAGCAUCCACGACCAUGUUAUUCCAAUCCUGAGCGUGGGUGCUCAGGCUGCCCCGCGUAUUCUGGGGGGGGGGGCAAAAUUCCGCUCAAAAACAAAACUGCUCGGGGCAAGCUGAGCAACAAUACCAAGGCGACCCCUGCCACGCUAUCCGUGAAUUUCUGCAACAUCAGGGGACUUCACUCUAACCUAAACGCCGUCCACUACCAUCUCGAGACGGCGAAGCCGGCCUUGCUCUUUUUGACCGAGACGCAGGUUUCCUCUCCGACUGAUAUUUCGUAUCUCUCCUACCCGGGGUACAAAUUGGAGCACUCCUUUGUGCCUCGGGCUGGAGUUUGCGUGUAUGUUAGAGAGGACAUCUGUUCUCGACGCCUCGGCAGUCUUGAAGGUUCGGACCUGUCCAUCCUUUGGCUACGCGUAGACAGCGACGACCAUCCGCGCGUCUACGGGUGCCUCUAUAGGUCCCAUAGCGGUAAUGCCGAAACAGACCGACUCAUCGACCACGUCCAAAUGGCUACAGAUUCCUUGCUACAACGGGUCCCAUCCGCAGAGAUCGUGAUCCUUGGCGAUUUUAACGCCCACCAUGCCGAAUGGCUCGGUUCACGUUUAACCGAUCAUGCGGGGAGAUCUGUUUAUGACUUUGCCUUGGCAUAUGGUCUGACACAACUGGUUACUUCGCCUACGCGGAUUCCAGAUGUGGAGGAUCAUACACCUUCCCUGUUGGACCUUGUGCUGACCUCUCAUCCGGACGGAUAUCAGGUUUCCGUCGAUGCCCCUCUCGGCUCUUCGGACCAUUGUCUGAUCCGGAGUAUGGUGCCACUCACGCUCCCUUCGCGGUUGCGUUCUGCAGGUUGCCGCCGUGUUUGGCAUUACAGGUCGGCGGAUUGGGACGGAAUGCGGUCUUUCUUUGCAUCCUACCCAUGGGGGCGGGUUUGCUUCUCGCCGGAUGAUCCCAGUGCUGUUGCUGACUCUGUCACUGAUGUGGUGCUACAGGGAAUGGAACUAUUUAUUCCAUCAUCUGUGGUACCCAUCGGAGGCAGAUCUCAGCCUUGGUUUGGUCGCUCCUGUAAGACUGCAUUGCGCAGUAAGCAGGAGUGUUAUCAAGCCUGGGCUGCAGCUUCGGUGACUCGGGAUGUAAACACCAGCACACUUAAAAAGAAGUAUAACUUCGCCUCCAGGUCCUUCAAAAGAGUUAUUGCCAAGGCAAAGUCAGAGCACAUAGGCAGAAUUGGCGAGAAACUAGUUCGCCUUCCUUCGGGAACCCGUGCAUUCUGGUCUCUCGCCAAGGCUGUCCAAGGGAAUUUCUGUAAGCCAUCACUACCAUCUCUGCACAGGGAGGACGACUCACUGGCCCAAGACGCAAAAGACAAAGCCGACCUUUUAGGGUCCCUUUUUGCGUCCAACUCGACUCUUGAUGACGGGGGGAAAAUACCGCCGACCAUCCCGCGGUGUUAG